AUGGCAAGUCUCAUACUCAUGGCCGUGGCCGCAUCAGCUGCCGCUGUCGUGAGUAGAAGAGACUACCCUAGUGAUGAUCCUCUCACGGCAUGUCCCGGGUACACCGCCUCCAACAUCCAGAACACUGUCUCGGGUCUCACGGCCGACUUGAAGCUUGCGGGUGAAGCUUGCAACGUCUAUGGAACCGAUCUGGAAGAUUUGAUCUUGGAGGUCUCCUACGACACCGACACGAGGCUCCAUGUGAAGAUCCAGGAUGCAGGUAACAGCGUCUACCAAAUCCCCGAGUCUGUAUUCCCGCACCCCGAGGGAGCAGGCAGCCAGGAAGAGACUUCGGCGCUGAAGUUCGACUACGUCGAGAGCCCCUUCAGCUUCUCGGUGUCUCGACCAGGCUCAGGGGAGGUCCUCUUCGACACAUCCGCCGCGAGCUUGGUCUUCGAGUCGCAGUACCUCCGCUUACGGACCAAGCUCCCCGAGAGUCCAAGUCUGUACGGAUUAGGAGAGCACUCGGAUCCGUUCAUGCUCAACACCACGGACUAUAUCCGCACCUUCUGGUCGCAGGACGCGUAUGGUGUGCCCGAGGGUGCCAACUUGUAUGGAAACCAUCCGGUGUACUACGACCACCGAGAGUCGGGGACCCAUGGUGUCUUCUUCCUCAACUCGAACGGAAUGGACAUCAUGAUCAACAACACCGCCGAGUCGGGGCAAUAUCUCGAAUACAACACGCUUGGCGGUGUGCUGGACUUCUACUUCGUUUCAGGCCCUAGCCCCGUUGAAGUUGCGCAGCAGUACGCAGAGAUUGUGGGCAUACCAGCGAUGAUGCCGUACUGGGGAUUCGGAUUCCACAACUGUCGAUACGGAUAUCAGGACGUUUACGACGUAGCUGAGGCCGUGUACAACUAUAGUCAAGCUGAGAUCCCGUUGGAGACUAUGUGGACCGACAUUGACUACAUGUAUCUACGAAGAGUAUUCUCGCUGGAUCCGGAAAGGUUCCCACUCGACAUGAUGCGGGAGCUGGUGGACUACCUCCAUGCCCGCGACCAACACUACGUUGUGAUGGUCGACCCAGCCGUGGCGUACCAAGAUUUCCCAGGCUCACUUCAGCGAGGCAUCGACGACAACGUGUUCUUGCUACGGGCCAACGGCUCCUUGUACAAGGGCGUGGUCUGGCCCGGCGUCACAGUAUUCCCCGACUGGUUCUCCGCGAACAUCAGCCAGUACUGGAACAACGAAUUCGCAAUGUUUUUCUCGGCAGAUGACGGCGUCGACAUCGACGCUCUCUGGAUCGACAUGAACGAGCCCAGUAACUUCCCGUGUUACUUCCCCUGCGAUAACCCCGAGGCAUCUGCUGUUGGCUACCCACCGGAACCGCCUCCCGUUCGAUCACCCCCAAGACCAUUGCCAGGAUUCUCCUGUCACUUUCAGCCAGCGGGGUGCAAUGCCUCCAGCACAACAUCCGUGGAGAUCCGUGACGGUCUGCCCAGAGCCUAUUUCCCCCAUCUCAUUCUCUCAGGACGACAAAGUGAAGGCGAGCAGCUGGGACUGCCGGGCCGGGACCUACUCUUCCCGCAAUACGCGAUCCACAACAAGGCGGCCUAUGAGGACAGCUGGAAUGCAGCCGAAGGCGGGAUAUCGAACAAGACUGUCAACACUGACAUAACACAUGCGAACGGCCUCACAAUGUAUGAUACGCACAACAUGUACGGGUCGAUGAUGUCGAUGGCGUCCUACGAAGCGAUGCUGGUUCGGCGCCCAGCGGUGCGUCCCAUGAUCAUUACUCGAUCCACAUUCGCAGGUGCCGGUACGAAAGUCGGUCACUGGCUCGGCGACAACUUGUCGGACUGGGACCAUUACAGGCUAGCAAUCCGUAGCAUGAUGGCGUUCGUUGCCGUGUAUCAGGUUCCCAUGGUGGGCGCAGAUGUGUGCGGUUUUGGAGACAACACGACAGAGCAGCUAUGCGCCCGCUGGGCGACCCUCGGCGCUUUCGCCCCGUUCUACCGCGUCCAUAAUACCUUCGGCGCCACCCCACAGGAGCUGUACCGCUGGAACGCGACCACGGUAGCCGGGCGCAAGUUCAUCGGCAUCCGCUACCAGCUGCUCGACUACAUGUACACGGCGCUGCGCGCGCAGACCGUCGCCGGCACACCCAGCGUCAACCCGCUCUUCUACAUCUACCCGGAAGACAAGAAUACGUGGGCGCUGGACCUGCAGUACUUCCUCGGGCCCGCGCUGCUGGUCGCCCCCGUCACGGAGGAGAACGCCACGAGCGUGGAGGUUUAUCUGCCCGACGACGUUUUCUAUGACUGGUACACACGCGAGAAGGUCGUCGGGACCGGGGCGAGCAUCACGGUUGAGGGGCAGGAGUGGACGGACUUGCCGCUGUACCUGCGUGGCGGCGUUAUUGUGCCCAUACGCGCCGAGUCUGCCAUGACGACCACGGAGCUGCGCACGAAGCCGUUUGAGAUUUUGGUGCCGAACGGCGGGGACGGCACGGCGAAUGGGACGCUUUAUCUGGACGACGGCGUCAGUAUCGAACAGCCGGCUACGAGCGAGAUCACGUUCGCGUAUGCGGAUGGCGUGCUGACGGUUGGUGGCACGUUUGGUUAUGCGACGGAUGUGCGGGUGUCGAAGGUCACCUUCUUGGGGCUGGGGAUGGAUGCCGGUGCGAAUGCUGCUUUCAAGGUUGCGGGAGAGAGUGUUAAGGCGGAGGUUGAUGCGGAGAGGGAUGUUGUCAGUGUGUCUGUGGAUAUGCCCCUGAGUGGUGCGUUUACUGUUGAGGUGGGAGCAUAG